AUGGAUGACUACUUUACCCACGAUGCCCUCUUUGCUGACAAUUUACGCCAGCAUUUUCGGAUCCGCAAAAAUGUCUUCGAUUGUCUCUACCAUGGCGUCUGGUCCUUUGAUGACUACUUCAUAUUAAAGAAGAACGUCGUGGGGAGGAUUGGUUUCUCUGGUUACGAGAAAUGCACGGCCACACUGCGGAUGCUUGCAUAUGGCACGACCGAUGAUUCAUGGGACGGGUACCUACGGAUGUCUGAGAGCACAUGUGAAGAUGUCAUGACACUGAGAGGCUCUCGGCAAUCUCAGAAGCAAGAGAGUGGCCAGGUUUGCUCGAAUCUCUUGACUGCAUGCAUUGGAAAUGAAAGAACUGCCCAAAAGCUUUACAAGGAUAAUAUCAGGGUCAUCUUAAGAAGCCCAUCAUUCUUGAAGCAGUUGCAUCACAUGAUAAAAGCUCCUCCGUGCUACUAUACUGUCAAUGGGAAUGAGUACAACACGGGCUACUAUCUGGUUGACGAUAUCUAUCCUCCGUGGGCUACCUUUGUGAACACCAUCUCUAGCCCAGUUGGCCAAAAGAAGUAUCACUUUGCCCAAAGACAAGAAGCGGCUAGGAAGGAUGUUGAGAGGACAUUUGGUGUUCUAGAGAAACGUUUUGCAGUUGUUCAUGGACCUGCUAAAUACUGGGAUCCGAAGGCCUUGUGGAAGGUGAUGACCUAUUGUGUGGUCAUGCACAAUAUGAUCGUGGAGGAUGAGGGUGAGGAUGUUGCUGCAGAUCUUGAAUUUGAAAACAUGGGUGAUCCUAUCGAACUUACUGACCAGAAUCCUGCCAAAUUUGAAGAGUGUGUUCAAAUGCAUCAACAAAUUCGGCAUCGAGGAACUCACGAGCAACUGAAGAAAGAUCUGAUUAAACAUCUGUGA